AUGGCGUCGUCCUUUCGCUGGACGGCGCUGUUGCUGCUGUUUGGCAUUCUGAGCUGCCUCAUACAGUCGGCUGUUGCUGUUAAAGAGAAGGACUUCAAGAAGUGCAACCAAUCCGGCUUCUGUAAACGAAACCGCGCUUAUGCCGACGACGCUAUCGCCCAAGGUUCUAACUGGAAGGCACCUUACGAAAUUUUGGCCGAUUCGACAUCUUUCGAGGAUGGAAAGCUGGAGGCCAUGGUAAUCAAGACCAUCAAUACCAACGGAGACACCGUUCGCCUCCCCCUUACAAUUUCCUUCCUUAAAUCUGGUGCCGCCCGAGUAACGAUGGACGAGGAGAAACGACGCAACAAGGACGUUGUACUCCGGGACGACAGUCAAGUUCGUAAGGAACGAUACAAUGAGGCUGAUAAGUGGGUUCUUGUUGCUGGUCUGGAUCUCGACAAGGACGCACAACUUGCACAUCAAGACAAGACUCAAAUCAACAUCAAGUAUGGAACUGAUGCCAAGCAAGAGGCCAUCGUCAAGUUUUCGCCUUUUGAAAUCGACUUCCAACGCGAUGGUAACUCGCAUGUCAAGUUUAACGACCGUGGUUGGUUGAACAUGGAGCAUUGGCGACCCAAGAUUGAGAACAAGGAGGGCGAGGAGGCCGCUGAGGAUGAGAGUACAUGGUGGGACGAGUCUUUUGGUGGAAACACUGACACCAAGCCUCGUGGACCUGAGAGUGUGGCCAUGGACAUCACUUUUCAUGGAUACGAGCACGUAUUUGGAAUUCCUGAGCAUACUGGCCCCCUGUCAUUGAAGCAGACUCGUGGUGGAGAUGGCAACUACGCCGAGCCCUACCGCAUGUACAACGCCGAUGUGUUCGAAUACAUCCUCGACAGCCCAAUGACACUCUACGGUGCUAUCCCUUUCAUGCAGGCUCAUCGUAAGGAUUCGUCUGUUGGUGUUUUCUGGCUCAAUGUUGCUGAGACUUGGGUUGAUAUCACCAAGGACAAGAGCAGCAUGAACCCUCUGAGUCUCGGUGCUGGUGGAAAGACAAGCACUCAUACCCAUUGGAUUUCCGAGAGUGGUCUCCUCGACGUCUUCGUGCUUCUCGGUCCCACUCCCUCCGAUCUCACCAAGACAUACGGAGAGUUGACUGGCUACACUGCGAUGCCUCAAGAGUUUGCUAUCGGUUAUCACCAAUGCCGAUGGAACUACAUCUCCAGUGAUGAUGUCAGGAACGUUGAUCGCAACAUGGACAAGCACAAGAUUCCAUAUGAUGUCAUCUGGUUGGAUCUUGAGUACACCGACGACCGAAAGUACUUUACCUGGGAGCCUCAUUCAUUCCCCGACCCUAUUGACAUGGGUGAGCAUUUGGAUGCCCAUGGCCGUCAGCUUGUUGUCCUUCUUGACCCCCAUAUCAAGAAGACUGACAACUACGCCGCCUCUGAGGAAAUGCUUGCUCAAGACCUUGCUGUCCACAACAAGGAGGAAAAGCCGUAUGAAGGAUGGUGCUGGCCUGGAGCUUCCAACUGGAUUGACUGCUUCAACCCCAAGGCAAUUGAAUGGUGGAAGACUAUGCUCAAGUUCGACAAGUUCAAGGGUACCAUGAGUAACACCUGGAUGUGGAACGACAUGAGCGAGCCUUCGGUUUUCAACGGACCCGAAGUAACCAUGCCCAAAGACAAUAUUCAUCAUGGAGGAUGGGAACAUCGUGAUGUCCAUAACCUGAACGGCCUGACCUUCCAAAACGCCACUUUCCAAGCUCUCCUUCACCGUGAGAAGGGAGAGCUUAGACGACCUUUCAUCUUGACACGAGCCUUUUACGCUGGAUCGCAAAAGCUUGGCGCCAUGUGGACAGGAGACAACCAGGCUGACUGGGGACAUUUGGCGGCUUCUAUCCCCAUGACUUUGAACCAGGGAAUCUCUGGUUUCCCCUUCGCUGGUGCUGAUGUUGGAGGCUUCUUUGGCAACCCUGAGAAAGACCUACUUGUUCGCUGGUACCAGACUGGUGUGUGGUACCCCUUCUUCCGAGCUCAUGCGCAUCUCGAUGCCCGACGUCGAGAGCCUUAUCUCCUAGGCGAGCCUUACACCCAGAUCUCGACCGCCGCUAUCCGACUCCGAUACACUCUCCUGCCUGCUUGGUACACUGCGUUCCACACCGCGGCCCAGGACGGAAGCCCCAUUAUCCGACCCAUGUUCUGGACGCAUCCCACUGAAGAGGCUGGCUUUGCUAUCGAGGAUCAGUUCUUCGUUGGCUCAACAGGUCUUCUAGUGAAGCCGGUCACGGAGCAGGGCAAGGAAUCAGUUGACAUUUGGAUUCCUGAUGAUGAAAUCUACUAUGAUUACUUUACCUACGAUAUUCGGAAGACAAACAAGGGCAAGCAUCUUACAGUGAGCGCACCACUAGAGAAGAUUCCCAUUCUACUCCGAGGUGGGCACAUCAUCCCUCGACGCGACACCCCUCGACGAUCAAGUGCACUCAUGCGAUUCGACGACUACACGCUUGUUGUCUCAGCUUCCAAGGCUGGCGCCGCAGAGGGUGAGCUUUACGUUGAUGACGGUGAUUCAUUUGAUUACGAGCAAGGUCAAUACAUCCACCGUAAGUUCACCCUCGGUGGUAACACAUUAACUUCUCUUGAUGCCGAGGGACGUGACACCAAGUCAGUCAAGGCUGGCUCAUGGCUGAAGGCUAUGGAAAACGUCCACGUCGACAAAAUCGUCAUUGUCGGCGCACCCAAGACCUGGGACCAGAAGGAGGCUCAAAUUGAGUCAGAGGGACGAACAUGGACAGUCAAGAUUCAAUAUCAUGCAGCUCAGGGUAGCCGUGCAGCCUUUGCAGUCGUGGGUCGAGUUGGAGCCAAAAUCGGUGAAGAUUGGAGCAUUAAGCUUGCUUAA